AUGAAGUUCACCAGCACCCUCCUUGUUCUUAGCGUCGCUGCUCUCAGCAACGCACGCGCCAUCUAUGUUCGCCAGAACAACGCGCAGACCUUCACCGGCGCUCUCGGCGGUGUCGCAGCUACACCCAUCCUCGACUCCGGCAUCGCCAACCGCCCCUUCAGUGUCAAGGGUGACACUUUUGUCAACCUUUCGGGCGCUCUCCAGCGCUCUUGCGACCAGCAGUUCAACGGCUGCGCGAACUUGGCCAAUGGUGGACAGGGAGACUUCUCCACUCAGGACUGCCAGGCUCAGAAGCAACAAUGCGAUGCUGCAGGCGCUGGCAACUAG